AUGGUGUUGCAGUUAAAUCUGGUGGAGGGUAAAAUGCAAUAUGUGUUUGAUGAAAGUGGACGGAGAUACCUUGAUGCCUAUGGUGGCAUUGCCACUGUUUCAUGUGGGCAUUGCCACCCUGAUAUUGUUGAUGCAAUUGUCAAUCAGACUAAGCUUUUGCAGCAUACCACUGUCCUCUAUUUGAACCAUACUGUUAUUGAUUUUGCUGAAGCUCUUGCUGCUAAGUUUCCGGGUGAACUCAAGGCUGUUUUCUUCACAAAUUCUGGGACAGAGGCCAAUGAGCUGGCUAUGAUGAUUGCUCGUCUGUACACAGGCUUCCAUGAUAUAAUUUCCAUUAGAAAUGGCUACCAUGGCAAUGCAACCUCAACAAUGGGUGCCACUGCUCAAUUUUAUCACAAGUUUAAUGUUGUACAGACUGGAACUCACCAUGCCCUUAACCCAGACCCCUACAGAGGUGUCUUUGGUUCUGAUGGAGCAAAAUAUGCCAAUGAUGUUCAAGACAUAAUUGAUUAUGGAACUUUUGGUCAUGUUGCUGGGUUUAUUGCUGAGGCCAUUCAGGGAGUAGGUGGAGUAAUGGAAUUGGCUCCAGGUUACUUGCCAGCCGUUUAUAGCAUCAUAAAAAAAGCAGGAGGUCUCUUCAUAGCUGAUGAGGUUCAGUCAGGGUUUGGUCGUACUGGUAGUCACUUUUGGGGUUUUGAGGCACAUGGAGUUAUCCCGGAUAUUGUAACACUAGCAAAGGGAAUUGGUAAUGGUGCACCCAUUGGUGCAGUGGUCACCACUCCUGAGAUUGCGAAGGUCUUGACUUACGGCUACUAUUUUAGCACGUUUGGGGGAAAUCUUGUUAGCUCUGCUGCUGGGUUAGCUGUUCUGAAUGUAAUUGAGAAGGAUAAACUUCAGCAAAAUGCGCUAAAUGUUGGAUCAUAUUUAAAAGAGCGUCUUAACUCACUGAUGGAAAAGCAUGAGAUAAUUGGGGAUGUGAGGGGAAGAGGACUGAUGCUUGGAGUUGAACUUGUGAAAGAUAGGCAGUUGAAAACUCCUGCAAAAGAUGAAACACUACAGAUUCUUGAACAGAUGAAAGAUAUGGGAGUGUUAGUUGGGAAAGGUGGCUUUCGUGGAAAUGUUUUGAGGGUUGCACCCCCACUUUGCUUCACUAAGGAAGAUGCAGAUUUUCUUGUAGAUGUGAUGGAUUACACAAUGUCAAAGAUGUGACUGACGCCUAAGCAGUACUUUUGGAUGAAGGACGUGUUUCAAGUUUCAAUUCUGAUAUUGGAGGACCCCAAUGAAACCUAAUGUUGUGCAAAGCUAAUGUAAAAGCAAAAUCAAUGAUUGUACUUUUGGGGCAGCCCCAGAAAGAAUUAGGCAUGAGAAUGGCUGUGCCAAUCGAAUGUAAAACAUAAUUGGUGAUUGCACAUUUUGGGUGUAGGACUGUGACUUGUAAGCCCAGAAAAUGAGACAAAUAAAGCGUACA